CGUGUCUACAAACAUGACAGCUAGAGCUUUCUGGCUCCUCUGUUUGAUCGUUGGAUCAUCUCCCGAAGCCCCAGUGGCGGAGAGAAAAGCCUCGCCGCCCCACAACCGGAAGCCCGACCCCGGCGGCGGCCCGAGUGCGGAGACGCCUGGGCCCCGGCCGCAGCCGGUCCCCGAGACCCCGCGGCGGCCGCGCGCAGCCGAGGCCGCUCCCCGCGCCUGGUCCGACCUGCGGCGCCGGAAGCCCCAGCCGGCCGCCGAGAACCGGGCCGGCUUCCGGGAAGCCGCGCGCGCGCCCGCCGGCCCGCCGAGCCCGCGCCUCUCGCAGGCCGAGAACCGUGCGUCGCCACGCCGCGUGCCCGCGCUGGAGGACUCCCCGCGGCGCGCGCGCGCCCGGGCCCUGCGCCUCCCGGUCGCGCGGCCUCCCUCGCGCGCCGCCGAGGCCCCAGCCGGCCCCGCCCAUCCCAACCGGCCGCGCGCCGCCGCGCCGCCCCCGGGACCCGCGCCCGCGCCGCCGCCGCGCCUCAGCCCCCAGAGGAGGGAGGAUGCGGAGCUCGGCGCCGAGCCCUGCGCGCGCGCCUGCAGGGCGGACUUGGAUGAGCACGAGUCCUAUUGCGCCAGCGAGUUCGCAGUCAACGGAAUCGUGCAUGAUGUGGACGUCCUCGGCACAGGGAUCCGGCUGGUGACUCUGCUGGUGGACCGGGACGGGCUGUACAAGAUGAACCGCCUGUACAUCACUCCGGAUGGGUUUUUCUUCCGAGUCCACAUAUUAGCCCUAGACUCCUCUAGUUGCAAUAAGCCAUGCCCAGAAUUUAAACCUGGCAGCAGGUAUAUUGUGAUGGGCCACAUCUACCAUAAGAGAAGGCAGCUACCUACAGCUCUGCUUCAGGUGCUGAGGGGGCGCCUCCGACCAGGAGAUGGACUUCUCAGGAGCAGCAGCAGCUAUGUGAAAAGAUUUAACCGGAAAAGGGAUGGGCAAGUGCAAGGGGCAAUUCACACCCAGUGCAUUUGAAACAUACCAGCCUGGCAUUUCUGGAUCAUAAGAGACUUGGAAUUCAGCAGCAAGACAGGAAAGGCCUAUCAUUAAGUAAUCGGAUUUUCCUUUAGAACAGGGCACACAGCUCCUUUAGGAACUAGUUGCAAAGUGCCAACUCUCAUCUUCAAGUUGUCACUUUUUUACAAAAUGCUUCUGAAAUGGUUAUGCUUCUGAGCUCUGUGGUGAAGUUAUUCAGCUGGUGUGCUAGUUACUCACACAAGCUCAGAUAACGGACCUGUCCAGUUAACAGAUCACUGCUUCAUGUUGUUUAUUUUUAAUUAUUUUAAUUUAAAUACAUUCUUCAGUAGAAAUAGUUCACAAAAACAUUUCCUUGAUUUUAAAUAUACAAUUUUGAAUAGUUUAUAUAAUGUAUCAAACCAAAUUUUAUACUAAAACCAUCACAUUUUAAAUUCUGUACAUAACAGUAAGUGCACUAGUCAGACGUAUGAAAUGUCAUUUAGAUCACAUUUAGAUCAAACACUAAAGUUAGAGCCCGAGACAAGUAUUAAAGUUUUACAUUUAGAGUACUGAAGGGCUUAUUCAAGCAAACAAAUGUUUGUUCAAACAAGUGUUCCUGAUGUACCGAAAUAUAAGAUAGUUUAUUUUCAUGCCUCCCUGCUUCUAAAAUCGUAUGUUUUGUGCCAUACUGGCAGCUAUCCCAAUACCAAACAUAUUCUGGGUGUAUCUGAUGUCAUUUUUCUAUUAAGACCAAGUAUCAUGUUUGUGUUUGUAAAGCAGUAAAUCUUUCUGUGAAAUCA